AUGCGAUUAUUCGUAAUAUCCAUCCUGCUAUCCCUGGUGGCUCUAGCCACCGCGGAUCAGGCCCCAGGAUAUGAGGGCUUCGACCUCAUCUGGGAAGACACCUUCUCUGGUCCCGCUGGCUCCCUCCCCGAUCAAUCCAAAUGGAUCAUGCAAGACUGGUACAAGAACCUCAACGGUGACUUCCAAACAUACACCAUCAGUCGCGCAAACCAGCAACACACAGGUACCGGCACCCUCGUCAUCGUCCCCCUGCGCGAUCCCUCUGCUGAGCGUGGCUGGACAUCUGGUCGUCUCGAAAGCACAUACACGUUUACUCCUGCUCUUGGCGCAAAGACCAUUGCCGAAGCAGAAAUCAGGCUCGGUAGUGCUUCUAAGGCCGGUAAGCAGGGUAUCUGGCCUGCUUUCUGGCUUCUGGGUGACAGUCAUCGCAAGGGGACUUUGAUCUGGCCUACUUGCGGAGAGAUCGACAUUUUGGAGAACGUCAAUGGUGAGCCCAAGACGCAGGGUGUUAUCCAUUGUGAUAAGAACCCUGGUGGUAUUUGCAACGAGAAGAAUGGCAUUCCAGGCGCUCUUGACCUUCCUGACUCUGGUCGGAAUUUUCACACCUACACUGCCAUGAUCGAUCGCGCACCGGGUGAUUGGCGACAGGAGAGUGUGUCAUUCUUUGUGGAUGGGCGCCAGUAUCAUCGAGUUACUGGUGAUAGAAUCGGCAAUGAGGAAGUUUGGGGCAAGAUUGCUCACAACUUGGUUCAUUUUAUCCUGAAUGUUGCUGUUGGUGGUGAAUGGCCUGGUGACCCCAAUGAGUCUACUGUGUCGGGAAUUGGAAAUGCUAUGGAGGUCAAGUAUGUCGCUCACUACCAGAGUCAAGGUGCUGGAGGCUCUCGCCCCCCUAGUCAUGGCAGUGGUGGAUACAACCCGAUCCCUCAGCCUCAACCUGAACCUGGUCCUCAAUAUCCUGAGCCGCCGUCGCCUCACUACCCAGACGAGCAAGCACCGCCCGUUACAGGACCUCCUCGACCACCUGCCCCCCCUUAUUCUCCACACGACGAGAUCCCUGGGAUGCCACCUCCUCCGCAUUACCCAGAGCCACAAUUUCCGGGUCCUCAUGGUCCUCCAUACGAGCAGCCGCCGUCUCCUGGGUACCCAUCGGAACAGCCGCCAUGCCAAAGACGCCCCCAGGUGCCCGAGUCGCCUUCUCCGUAUGAUCCCUACGAUCCGGUUCCUGGGGCUCCGGCUCCUCACUAUCCAUUUAAUCCGGAGCCACCAAUCCCUCCACACCAUGAUCCUGACUCUGGCUAUCCUGAAAACCCUGCUUACGGUAGAAAUAGACCAGUGUCUCCAGGUUCACCAGAUCAGGCUCCUCCUUCCAUCCCUCAUAUUCCAUACCUCCCUGAUCCCCCGGAGUUCCGUCCAGGAGGUGAUGGCUACCCACCCAGACCAGGACCUCCCAUCCCCGGCCAUCACAAACGAGCAGAGAAUCUCAGCGCUGCUCUGGAUGAUCCGCGGCCGACCAGACCUGCACCUGUUGUUGUGGAUGAAGAGCAGAAUGGACCUGAGCCUUUCUACCCCAACCAAGGUGGACCCCAUCCUGCUCCAGCCCAUGAGGUAAUUGAGGCGGUUCCAGGAAACUCACCUCCUUGGUUCCCUCCUCACGUUGACUAUCAACAACCCCAACAGCCUAGUCAUGCGGGGGUUCCACCACAGAUAGGUCCUGCUCAGCACGCUGACAACAUUCAAUUGCCUGGAGAGAUUCUGCCACCAGCUCUCGACUUCCCUCACGGUGACUACCAACAGCCUUCUCCUGAGACUGGGGGUGACAGUUCUUCUCCCUGCCCACGUACUUCUAAGGGAGGAUCCAAUUGGCCCGGUGUCAAUCGCAGGGACCCCAAUGUGCCGUCCAAGUUCAACAUCCGUGGUCUUGCUGCUUCCCGACGCAACGCUUCUGAGCCUGGAGUUGUACAGCUAAGCAUGCCCAACCGGUUCAAAACACCGAACUACCCUACUCUCCCUCUCGACGGCACACCACCUACUGUUUACUCUGGUGACUUUGGUGGUGUUCAGGCAGAAGAUAUUAACAAGUAUCUCGACAAGAACGCUUCUGAGCCUGAAGUUGCGAAGCGAAGCCUGCCCCAACCACCAAACCACCCUUGCCUUCCUCCUGAUAGUAUUCAAGCACCUACCGUUCAAUCUGGCGAUCCUAGCGGUGUCGAGCCCAGAAACACUAACAAUCAUGUCGAUGAACCCGUUCCCAGUCCAUCUACUGCAUCCGAUGCCGCUGAGCCAUCUGAUGUUCGACCUGCCGACUUUUGUGGUGUACAGCCCGAAGAUAUUCGCGACCACAUCGAACAGAAUGGGCCAUAUCACAUCGAGAUUCCCAAUAACUCUACCAAUGCCUCAGAGGCUGUCUCAACUCCUACACCUCAGCCUUUGGGUGUCAAGGACGGCGGUCUUAUUGAUGUUUUGAAAGAGAAGUAUGGCAUCGGGCAUGGCAUUAGACAUACUAAGCGGGAAGCUGGGAGUGGAUGUAUUUUCGGGAUCCCCUUUUUUGGACGUCGCACACCCUACAAGAAACACAGUCUUGAGAAAAGGGGUCUUGAUGUUCGGGAAGCAAAAGCCGGCGAGCAUACUGGGUACAACGACAAGUGUCUCAUAGGCUUCCCUAUCUUUGGACGUUGCAAACCCUCCAGAGAACAGCCUCAGAGACCAGCUAUUAUUGAUAACCUGAGAGAGAUGUUUCGCGGCAGUAAGCGUGUUAAGCGGGAAGAGAAGGGUGUUAGUGCCCCGAAGAAGAAGCAUGCCGAUAAGAGUACCAAGGGGAAGAAACAUGUCAGUGAGCGUUGCAAGGAGAAGGAAGAGGAUCGCUGUCUUUUCCUUCUUUUUGGACGCUGCUUGCAGCGGGGAGUUAUCAAGAAUCCCAAGGGGACGAAAGCCAUCUGUACUUUCCGUCUUCUUGGAUAUUGCUUGCAGUGGGAAGUUGUCAAGGAUCCGUGUUCCAAGGAAUGA